GCCCGGCAGCGCGGCCCGCGCCCCCCGCCGCGACCCCACCUCUGCGCCCGCCCAGCGGGCUGACCAGCCAGACCGGGGCCCGCCCCCGGCGCCCACCAUGUACGCCUUUGUGCGGUUCCUGGAGGACAACGUCUGCUACGCGCUGCCGGUGUCGUGCGUGCGCGACUUCAGCCCCCGCUCCCGGCUGGAUUUUGACAACCAGAAGGUGUACGCGGUGUACCGGGGUCCCGAGGAGCUGGGCGCCGGGCCCGAGAGCCCCCCGCGCGCCCCCCGCGACUGGGGCGCGCUGUUGCUCCACAAGGCCCAGAUCCUGGCGCUGGCAGAAGACAAAUCUGACCUUGAAAACAGUGUGAUGCAGAAGAAAAUAAAAAUCCCCAAACUUUCCCUCAAUCACAUAGAAGAAGAUGGGGAGGUUAAAGAUUAUGGGGAAGAAGAUUUACAACUUAGACACAUCAAGAGACCUGAGGGGCGGAAGCCGAGCGAAGUGGCGCACAAGAGCAUCGAGGCAGUGGUGGCUCGGCUAGAGAAGCAGAACGGCCUGAGCCUGGGCCACAGCACUUGUCCUGAGGAGGUCUUCGUGGAGGCCUCCCCAGGCACAGAGGACAUGGACAGUCUAGAGGAUGCUGUUGUGCCCCGGGCUCUGUAUGAAGAGUUGCUGCGCAACUACCAGCAGCAACAGGAGGAGAUGCGCCACCUCCAGCAGGAGCUGGAGCGGACUCGGAGGCAGCUGGUGCAGCAGGCCAAGAAGCUCAAGGAGUAUGGGGCACUUGUGUCUGAAAUGAAGGAGCUCCGCGACCUCAACCGGAGGCUCCAGGAUGUGUUGCUCCUACGGCUUGGCAGUGGUCCCGCCAUUGACUUGGAAAAAGUAAAGUCAGAAUGUCUCGAACCAGAGCCGGAGUUACGGAGCACUUUCAGUGAGGAAGCAAAUACGUCGUCCUAUUACCCCGCUCCUGCGCCUGUCAUGGACAAGUAUAUCCUAGACAAUGGCAAGGUCCAUCUGGGAAGCGGGAUUUGGGUUGAUGAGGAGAAAUGGCACCAGCUACAAGUAACCCAAGGAGAUUCCAAGUACACGAAGAACUUGGCAGUCAUGAUUUGGGGAACAGAUGUUCUGAAAAACAGAAGCGUCACAGGAGUCGCCACAAAAAAAAAGAAGGAUGCAGUCCCGAAGCCACCCCUCUCGCCUCACAAACUAAGCAUCGUCAGAGAGUGUUUGUAUGACAGAAUAGCACAAGAAACUGUGGAUGAAACUGAAAUUGCACAGAGACUCUCCAAAGUCAACAAGUACAUCUGUGAAAAAAUCAUGGAUAUUAAUAAAUCUUGUAAAAAUGAAGAACGAAGGGAAGCAAAAUACAAUUUGCAAUAAACUUUGGAUUUUUCAUAAAGCCUUCGCGUUUUUCUUGCGCAGCGUGUGCUUUGCGGACAUGGUGCCGUCUGAGUCAGACUCCAGAGCGCAUGCUGGUAUGCAGGCAGGGAGCCCAUAGGGUUCUGGGGUCAGCGGUUUGUUCUUCACUUGGACUUCCUACUCAAAAGAAGGCAGAGGGAUUUGCUGAGACUUGGGCAGCAGCCCAGGCGCCGACAGUGUGGUCGUGGGGAUGGGAAAGCACUGUGUCCAGAGCGCAGGAGAGCGUCUCUGAGCUGCCUAUCCCUUGACUGGGAUUUGAACUGAUAUUUUUACCACCCAAGGACUUCUGUCUCUGUUCCUCUAUUUUGUUCUAUAAUAAAACUUCAUUAAUUCUU